GCGAGAGAUCAUGAGAAAGGUUGGUCCAUUGAUGCCAGUGGCCUUGAUGAAGGAGGCAUCCACGGAGCUGGUGGAGACACAGGAUGGUUCCCUCUACUUCACCGAGGCCCGGGGGUGCCCCCGCGGCCAGCUUCCAUCGGAACUCAGAGCAGCAGCCCUCAGGGGAGACGCUGCCUCGCUUUUCGGCUGUGCACCCUUUUGCCACUCGUUGAUGUUGGGGUGCAUGGUCAGCUGAACCCGCACAGCUUCCCUGGUACCGCACCGCGGGUAUUGGUUGGAGAGCACAGCAGGAAGAUGAGAGAGGACAAGGGACAGGGGCCGUGCCCGGGCCCAGCUCACCCCCGGCCGAGGACGACGCCGCCGGCCCGCGCUGCUCCCGCCCCACCGGCCGAGGGGCCAGCCUGCCCCCGGGCCGCCCCUCCGCCGCCCUGCCUUUGUGCCUGCCGGGGGGCAGAGGAGGAGCUUGCGAAAAGUUUUGGGCUAAAAACCCACCUUUUUGCUGCCAGCCGAGCCCGACGUCAGGGGCCGCUGUGCGCCGCGCGGGGCUCCGCACGCGGCCGGCACACAAAGGCAGCAGCUCCGCUCCGCUCCGCAGUCAGGAUGCAGGUUCGGAGUCUCUUCCUCCUCCUGGCACUGAUCCUGGUGGCUGCCACCACCGAGGCUGGCAAGAACAAGAAAGAAAAGGCAAAGAAGGAUGGCUCCAAGUGCGAGGACUGGCGCUGGGGACCCUGUGUUCCCAACAGUAAGGACUGUGGCCUAGGCUACCGCGAGGGAACUUGCAAAGAUGAGAGUAAGAAGCUCAAGUGUAAGAUCCCUUGCAACUGGAAAAAGCAAUUUGGAGCCGACUGCAAGUACAAGUUUGAGAGCUGGGGAGGCUGUAGUGCUCAGACAGGCCUGAAGACUCGCUCUGGCAUCCUGAAGAAAGCCCUGUACAAUGCCCAAUGUGAAGAGACUGUCCAUGUGACCAAGCCCUGCUCCUCCAAGAUCAAGUCGAAGUCCAAAGCAAAGAAGGGCAAGGGGAAGGACUAGAGCAGGAAACCAGCAUCCUCAUCGUGCCCUCAACAUGGUGCCUACAGGACUGGAUGUCCAGCUGCCGCUGGCCCACACGACAGUCUUCCUCCUCCUCUCCUUACUACUUUCCAUGACCUCCUUUUUCACUGAGAUGCCUUAUUUUAAUCAUUAGUGUUGUAGAGAGCAAACCCACCUGUCCUGCAGGAUAGGCUGCCUCCUUCCUUGCUGCCCCAUGGGCACUACCAGUGCAUCCUGCUCACCUCCUCUGGGCUGGUAUUGGGGUUCACUGGGAUAUGCUCAGAGAGCUGGGAUGGAGCACACAUUUUUCCAACCUCCAGCACAAAUGAAUUGCCUUUAGCACAUCCUUUUGCAAGCCCAGGAGCCUCCUUGCUCCUCCACCAGGUACUAGUGCCAGAGGGAAGGGCUGGGUGUUAAAUGCCUGAGUAACCCCAUCACUGAAGCUUCUCACUCAAGGACUGCUCUCACCUCAGGGGAUUUAUUUCAGCAUCCCUUUGGCUGGGGCAUGACUUACCUGCAGCAGUUGAGGAAAACACAGCAAUCACCCUGAGAAGCAGCUGUGUCUCCUCUCUGUCACUUCCAACCAUGUGUGUCCAUGCUGGGGCUGCAGCCCCUCUACUUUUGCCAUGUCAACACCAGUGCUGGGUGGGAGCUCUCCUUUUGGAAUUUUUCUUUUUCUUUUCCAAUAAAAAUCUUUUUUAAAAAAG